AAUUUGUUAAAAGUGAAAAAGAAAGUAAACCCAGAAAAAACAACAACGAAAGAAGGUUGAAACAGUGACAACAUUCAUUAAGCUUUGUUCUGAUAUCGUGAUCGGAUUCGGAAAAUUGGAACAAAACAAAGAAUGUAUUACUGGGUCGGAGCUACAUCUUCUGAUUACGCCGGAACUCCUCCCCAACCUCGCAGUGGUCAUUCUGCUGUUAACAUCGGCAAAUCCAAGGUUGUCGUCUUCGGCGGUCUUGUCGAUAAGAAGUUUCUCACUGAUAUUCUUGUCUAUGAUAUUGAGGCUAAGCUAUGGUAUCAACCAGAGUGCACUGGAAGUGAUUCAGAUGGACAUGUGGGUCCCAGUCCACGAGCAUUUCAUGUUGCUGUUUCCAUUGAUUGUCACAUGUUUGUUUUUGGUGGCCGUUCUGGAGGUCAAAGGUUGGGAGACUUUUGGGUUUUGGAUACUGAUAUAUGGCAAUGGUCUGAACUAUCCGGCUUUGGUGACCUGCCUUCAGCACGGGAUUUUGCUGCCGCCUCAUCUAUUGGGAACAGGAAGAUUGUUAUGUAUGGUGGAUGGGAUGGGAAAAGGUGGCUAUCCGAUGUUUAUGUCUUGGACACAAUAUCCCUUGAGUGGACGGAGCUCUCGGUUCCUGGAACAUUGCCACAACCUAGAUGCGGCCAUACUGCCACAAUGGUCGAAAAGCGGUUGCUUGUUUAUGGCGGAAGAGGAGGAGGUGGACCAAUUAUGGGUGAUUUAUGGGCUUUGAAGGGCCUUAUUGACGAAGAGAAUGAAACACCCGGGUGGACUCAAUUAAAGCUUCCAGGUCAAGCUCCUUCCCCUCGUUGUGGCCAGACAGUUACAAAUGCAGGACACUAUUUGUUGAUGUUUGGAGGGCAUGGGACCGGUGGAUGGUUGAGUCGUUAUGAUAUCUACUAUAACGAUUGCAUUGUAUUGGACAGAGUUUCAGCACAGUGGAAGCGGCUGUCCAUAGGCAAUGAACCCCCUCCCGCCCGAGCAUACCACUCUAUGACGGCUAUUGGUUCACGGUAUCUGCUAAUCGGUGGCUUUGAUGGGAAAUCAACUUACGGCGAGCCAUGGUGGCUAGUCCCUCAAGAUGACCCAAUUGCAAAUAGGGUAACUGCAUCUCCACCCAGAAAUAUUCCUGAAAGUAACGAUGCAGCGUCACUUAAUGGUAAUUUUCAACCUCAAAUCAAGGAGGAAAACGAAACAGAGAAAUUUCCUCUCUCAGAAUUGCAACAGAGAUUGCAAAUAUCAGUUUCACAGUCCAAUUCUAAUCUUCCAAUUGUGAAUGAGUUGGAAGAUAAAGAGCUUCUUGAAUUAGCCUCAAUAUUAGCAGGUGAAAAUGUUUCUGCAAAUUCACUGAAGGCAAUCGAGGAACUUCGCGGACACUGGAAGCAAGCUGAACCAAAUACAAUCAAACUCAAAGAGCUUGGACCGUUGCUUCGGGAUUACCAGCGUCUAAUUCACCGGCUUCAUCUAGGAAAGAGCGCAUCUGAAGAGCGACCUGGAUUUGAUGAACAAGCGAUGCAUCGAUUUUAUCACGUCAAAAACGUUUCUCAGUUGCGUAUGGAUGAUAUACCAAAACUUUUGGCCGAGUACAAACAGAUUCCUAUUUUAAAUUAGUAUUUCUGAAUGCUUCUCCAAUUUUAUUUUAUUUUGGAAUUUGUUUAAGUUUGUUAAGAAACACAGAACAAUUAUUUCUAUUUAGGAAUAUUUUGAAAAAUUAAUAUAAAUUUUUAGUAGCAAUAUGUUGUCAUUGAAUAUACUAUACUCUAUCUAAAAGUUAUCGACAACUCAUGAUGUUUUAAAUACUAGUAUAUCUCAAACUCACCAGUUUGGAUCUUUCUCUGCGCUUUGGAACUCCAUUCCUCAUCAGAUUUCUUGAGUAAAAUGAAAUUAUGAAAUAUGUCUUCACUAUCAUGUCAUUAAUGUAGACUUUUAGAUUGGGCCAUAUCUAUUUUGAGAACACUGCGUUUCUGAGUUUUUGAUAAGUGACGUCUGUGUUUUAAGUCUAUAAAAGACCUGACGUUGUAAUAAUAGUUGUUAUGAUUGGACAUGAAUGUUGUCUUGGGCCUGUUUCUGGGAUCUAUCUUAAUUUUGUUGUAUUCGGAGUAGACAUCUAUGAAACUCACUAUUUUGUAGUAUGAAGAUCCGUCAAUUAGACUAUCUAUGUUGGGUAAGAGAUAUGGAUCUUUGGGACAUGUUAAUGAAGUCAACGCACAUACACUAUUUGUUUGAUGCCUUUUUUAGCAAGACCAUGUUAGCUAACUAAGAUGAGUAUUUUACCUCUAUU